AAGCGUCCCCUUGUCCUUCCCUUGCCCCUAUACUAUAGUACAUUAGUACCCCCUCACUAUUAUUGCAAACAAAUCACUGAAUGCUUAGAGAGAGAAAGAGUGAUAAAGUGAUAUAUAGACUCAUAAGAGAGUGAAAAUUCAUGGAGGUUGGCCUGAAGAAGGAAAAGAUGGGGUUUGAGGAAACUGAGCUAAGGCUUGGGUUGCCUGGAAACGGAGCCACAGGGAGUGAAGAAGUCGUAAGGAAGAGAGGAUUUUCUGAUACUGAAGCUGAAACAACCACAGUGGAUUUGAUGCUUAAUCUCUCUUCUAAUAUGGAAGCAACCACUGUGGCAGAUCCGAGUGAUAAGCACAAGACUUUGCCUAAGGAGAAGACCCUUCUGCCUGCAGAUCCAGCUAAGCCUCCGGCCAAGGCGCAGGUGGUGGGUUGGCCACCAGUCCGGUCCUUCCGGAGGAACAUGUUAGCAGUGCAAAAGAGCGUUGGAGAGGAGAGUGAGAAAAACAUAAGCCCUAAUGCAAGCUUUGUCAAAGUUAGCAUGGAUGGAGCACCUUACCUCCGCAAAGUGGACUUGAAGAUGUAUAAGAGUUACCCAGAGCUCUCUGAUUCUUUAGGCAAAAUGUUCAGCUCCUUCACCAUAGGCAAUUGUGAAUCCCAAGGAAUGAAGGAUUUCAUGAAUGAGAGCAAGCUGAUGGAUCUUUUGAACAGCUCUGAUUAUGUCCCAACCUAUGAAGACAAGGAUGGUGACUGGAUGCUUGUCGGUGAUGUCCCAUGGGAGAUGUUUGUUAAUUCAUGCAAGCGUUUACGUAUCAUGAAAGGAAAGGAGGCUAUUGGUCUGGCACCAAGAACGAUGGAGAAAUGCAAGAACAGGAGCUACUAGUGGUUGACCCGUUCCAUCCUUUAUAGUUGUGGUGCUCAGUUGGCUUGCUAACUGAAGUAAGGAUAAGCUGCAGCAGACACAGAUGGACAUAGCAGGGUUUUAAAUUAUAGUUAAUUUGUGUAUCAUUAUGGUUUGUUAUAUAAUAUUUCAAACAAAACAAUGAGAUGCAUGUCUACUAAUUAUGAACAGAAACAUAAUGACUCUGAAUUAUGUUGUUAGACUUGGCUUUCUUAUAUCUUUGCUUGUUUAGUGUGUUUGCUUGCUUUAAUAAUAAUUUUAAUAAUGUGAUUGCCUGUUGUAGCCAGAUUAUAUAUUAUCAUGCUCUAUAU